CAGCACAUAUCUCAUCCCCUUUUUGUCCCCUUUCUUCUUUUUAGGGUUCAUUUCAUUUUCUCUCUCUCUCUCUCUCUCACUGUUUCCACCUUCAUCUUCAGCUCAUCUUCUUGGAUGAUCUGCAGCUUGGUUUAAAAGUUUCAAGUUUUGUUCAGGAAACUGCUGAUAAGAGAUGUCGAGUGGGAGCUACACACACUGGUGCCACAGAUGCAGGCAACCAAUUCGGCCUCGAGGGGCUAGCUGUCUUUGCCCAAAUUGUGGGGGAGGUUUCGUUGAAGAGCUUGAUGACAUGCUAGGUGCUAGAUCUACUAUUGAGGAUGAUCCUCAUUUUGGAUUAAUGGAUCCUUUCCCGGACCCAAGAUUUGGUAUAAUGGACGCCCUUGCUCAAUUCAUGAGGCAGAGAAUGGCAGGAAGAAACCCGAACUUUGACAUUAGGACAAGAUCUGGCAUUGUUCCUGGACAAGGAAGGAGUUUCGGUUCUGGUCCAUGGUUGAUAUUUCACGGCCAAACUCCUGUUAGUAUGACGGAAAAUGAUGCAUUUGAGUACUUCUUCAAUGGAAGUCCGGGAAUGGGGCAGCGGCGACCUAAUUUAGAUGAUUUAAUGGGGCCUGGGCUGCAACAGUUGAUUGAGCAGCUCAGUAUGAAUGAUAGGCAGGGCCCACCCCCGGCACCUCGUUCGGCAAUAGAUGCUUUGCCUACUGUCAAGAUCACACAGAGGCACCUCAACACGGAUUCUCAGUGCCCAGUUUGUCAAGAUAACUUUGAAUUGGGUUCUGAAGCAAGGCAGAUGCCAUGUAAGCAUAUUUACCAUGCAGAUUGUAUUGUACCUUGGUUGGUUCGGCACAACUCGUGCCCUGUUUGCCGCCUUGAGCUUCCUUCGCGACCUUCUGGAAGUGCCCCGACCAAUUGGAGUUCAAGAACUGGAAAUGUUAGCAGUGGCAGCAACAAUAGCGGCAGGGACAAUACCGGUCAGAACCAGGGGAGGAGGAACCCCUUUUCAUUUUUGUGGCCUUUUCGCUCGUCCAACCAAAACACAGGCAAUUAUGCUGAGAGAGGAGGAAGCAGCUCGACAGCUCCCUACGAGGAGAACAAUGAAGCGAAUUACCCUGCUUGGCGAUUUUAGUUUCUAAGUUUUGUUUCCAGCAUCUUUGGAUUUUGCCUAUUUUCAACUAUAAAUUAUCCUUAGAUGGAGUGGAAGUGUUUUUACAAUUUGCUGUACUAUGGGAUGGAAGCUGUUCUUGAAAGGUGUAUAGGUGGAAAACAUCUUGAAAUGCUUAAGGGACUUAUGUAAAUGAUGUUCUCAAAAUGUCAAUGAUGCAUCUACUGUUGACAAUAAUUUUGCUUUUAGCAGGUAUUUGGUGAAAUA